AUCAAUUUUGCCACAAAGUGACAUGUUGAGAAAGAGGAGACAUGCUUUACCCAGACCACAGACUGAAGCUGCUGCUGCUGAUGAUCUGGAUUAUAGUGAUACUUUUUAAUAAAACUGAUUCUACAGAGAACAAUGAUAUCUCUCAGCCUGACCCACUGAUCGCUGCUGAUGUUGGUGAUAAUGUGACUCUGCGCUGCUUUACACUGGAAAAUGAUAUCUCUGGAUACAUCAUUUGGUAUCAGCAAAAAAUCGGACACGAGCCUCGCAUAAUAGUUUCAGAUCAACAUGAAUACAUAUAUGAAAAUGAGUUCAAGCCACCGAAAUUCAACAUCGAGAAAGAAAAAAGGAACUACCAUUUAAAAAUCGCUCACGUGGAACCAUCAGAUGAAGCCAUGUAUUACUGUGGAUAUAGAACAUUUUUAACGAGGUUUGGAAAUGGAACAUUUUUAGCAGUCAGAGGUAAUGAAGAUGUAAAUGUCACAGUGAGGCAGCAUAGAGUGUUAGACCCGGUUCCUGCAGGAGCCUCAGUGACUCUGCAGUGCUCGGUUCUCUCUGAGAGCAGAGCAGCAGAACUCCAAGUGCUCUGGUUCAGAGCUGCUCCACCACAAUCCCAUCCUCAAAUCAUUUACACUCAUCACAACAGCAGCCAUCAGUGUGAGAGCGGCUCUUCUACACACACCUGUGUGUACAACUUCACCAAGAACAUCCUCAGCCUCAAUGAUACUGGAACUUACUACUGCGCUGUGGCCCUGUGUGGGAAGAUCGUAUUUGGGAACGGGACACAAGUACAGCUGGUGAGAUCUCCGGAUCCUGCAGUGAUCUUCCUCACUGUAGCUUUGGCAGUGUCUGUGGUUGUGAUCUUCGCUUUGAUCGUUGCCCUAACCCGUAAAAGGAGCACAGGUGAACAACACAGUGAAUGAGAUGUGCUCAGUUUGACCUUAACAAAAGGUUUAGCAAGAGAGGAGACAUGCUGUACACAGACCUCAGGCUGAGGAUGCUGAUGCUGAUAUGGAUUACAGUCGUGCUUUAUAAUAAACUUGGUAAGUGUGGAUGGUUUUCAUGGUUGUUAAUCAUGGUAUCACAUAGGAUCACAGACAUAAAUACACAUAUUAUAACUGAUUGAUUGUUUUAUUGUUAUUAUUAUUUUAAAUCUUGCUGAUAUCUAAGUUAGAUGUUUUGUUCUAUAACUUUUAACAGCAGAUUCUGCACAGACAAACCUCAUCAAUCAGCCAAACCCAAUUAUCACUGCCCAUGUUGGUGAAAACGUGACUCUGCACUGCUUUCGACUGGGAGAGUGUUACGACUCUGGCUGAAAUUAGGUCUAGGAAUUUAAAAGUAGUAACACUGAGGUGACCAUAAGAAAAAAACCUAAGGUAGAGGGUGGCAAGGGAAACGCAAGACACCAAUUAGCACCAACAAAGAUUUAUUUCUCCUAACGAAUAUUUACAAAUGUAUAAGUAUGCACAAAAAUAAUGAAACACUAAUACAACCAAGAAAAAAGGGAGAAGGAACUUAAAGUGGUGCUAAAAUCAAAGAAAGAAAUAUAACAAAAACAUCCCACUAACUCCUCCCAAUUCUCUAACUAAAAAAAAAAGAAAAGGAAAAAGUCUUCAGCGCAAAUGCGCCCUGAACUUACGCUACCUAACAAAACAGAAAUACAGAAUCAGCACACACCACUACCCUAGUGUGUCUAAUACAAGAUAUAUCCUGUGUGUGUGUAUGUAUGGCACGUGCCCUACUAGGCUGUUCCUGGUCUCCCUCUGCUUGUUACCACGCUGUUCCAUACAUACAUCGGCAUCAGAUGCUAACUGUGAGUUUUUCAAUCCACACCAAAUCGUGACAGGACUUCAAAGCUCAGCCCCCCCCCCCCAGCUCUCUUUAGCCGCUUUCAUUUUUAAAGCUUCCCACGGAAACAUGAUUGGAGGAGAAAGGGGACGUCAUCGUUAGAUAAAUGAUGAGUGACAGCCGCGUAUCCAGUAAGAGUCGUUGGUGGGUGGUACCUAAAAUCAAAAGGAAUUGGAAGAGAAGACAGAACGAAGCAGUGGUUCCACUGUCCGUAACAGAGAAAAAAAUACAGAAGCCGUUUAUUGGUUUGAGCAAAAAAUCAGACAUGAGCCUUGGGUAAUUGUCAAAGCCAAUCAUGACCUUACGAAGAUGAGUUCAAGCCACCAAAAUUCAUUAUUGAAAAAGAAAAAACAAGUGGGCAUUUAAAAAUUGUGAAUGUGGAAUCAUCAGAUGAAGCCAUGUAUUAUUGUGGCAUUUUAAGCUAUGUAAAAGAAUUUGGAAAAGGAACAUUUCUAUCAGUGAAAAGUAAGAAUUUUAAGGUAUACAGAUAAUUUAAUUAGUU